ACGGACAUACAAUCAGCAGAAAACUGUAAAGGAUUCUCAGAGACUACACGCCAAAUAUCUGAUUCAAAAGACGGUGACGGUAACUUUGAUAUUAGAAAUAUUAAUUCUAAGAUGGUUUUAAAAACUAUUAGAAUUAAAUUGCAUAACAGAGAUAUCAGAAUAUUGAGUUACAUUCAAAAUAUGUUACAUAUAGAGGAAAUGUUAUUCUUAAUUAAUAAUAUUAAUGGUUUAAUUAGACUAAAAGUAAUAGGAUUAAAAAAAUCUUGCGAUUAUUUAUCCCUAGAUUAUAAAGAAGCAAAUUACAACAUUGAAGCUAACGAUCCUUAUUUAGCAGGUUUAGUUGACACAGAUGGUACUAUUGUAUAUAACUAUGCUGGAAAUAGAAUAGAAUGUAACUUGGAAUUUGAAAAUAACGAGUUUACUACUAAACUAAAUUUAGAUAAUGUCAUACCGAAUUAUAAACCCGCUGUUUCACUUAGAAAAUCUCAUAACUCUAUAACAUAUAAAUACCAAAACGUAAAAGGUAUGGUAUUCUUAUACGAAUAUUUCAUGAAAAAUAGAUUAUAUUCCGAUUUUAAAUUCUAUAGAAUAUCAAAAAUUAAAAAGUUUAUUGAAAUAAGAGAAUUCAAAAAUGAACCUAAAGAAAGCUUAGAAUUUAAAAUAUAUUCUGAAUUUAUAUUGGAUUGA